GAUAGGGGGCGCCAUGUGAGGACACAGAGUAUAUAAACCUGGCUGUUCUCAGACAACUGCUCACUGAUCUGAAGCUGGAUGGUUCUUCACACAAACUGGAAAGAUAAGUGAUCGUUCAUUCUGAGCGUGAGUCCAGGGAGUCUCUCUGCACUUCCAACUUGCUCCCUCCUUUGGCCGUCUAUCCCCCUCCACUCUCUAUAUUUCUUUCCUCUGGUUCUGCCUCUUACCUCUUCGCCAUGCCUCCGACCCUGGCCACAGCGUGCCGGCGCUGGUGGAUGGCAGUGACUGCCAUUAUUGAGAAUCUGCUCUUCUCGGCUGUGCUGCUGGGAUGGGGAUCUCUCCUCAUCAUGCUGAAGUCAGAGGGCUUCUACUCGUACCUCUGCAACGAGGAAGGUAACAGCUCCAGCUACAAUAUGUCCAUACCCCUGGAAACCCCUGUAACCGAUGAGUAUGUUGAUUACUAUGAAAGCGAGGGUGGUGUGGUUGGUGUUGGAGACGGAGUGGAGAUAAGGCCCCUGGGCCCCAUGGACGGGCCCCUGAGGAUGAAUGGCUGGCUGAUUUGUAAAGAGCAAGACGAGAUGCUGAACCUGGCGUUCACGGUGGGCUCCUUCCUGCUCUCCGCCAUCACGCUGCCGCUGGGGAUCGUCAUGGACAAAUACGGGCCUCGCAAGCUACGACUGCUGGGAAGCACUUGUUUUGGAUUUUCCUGUCUACUCAUUGCUUAUGGAGCCUACCAACCAAAUGAACUCUCUGUCCUUAUCUUCAUCGCCCUGACUUUUAACGGCUUUGGAGGCAUGUGCAUGACCUUCACCUCUCUCACGCUCCCUAGCAUGUUCGGGGACCUUCGUUCGACCUUCAUCGCCCUGAUGAUCGGCUCAUAUGCCUCCUCCGCUGUCACCUUCCCUGGUGUUAAGGUGAUCUAUGACUUAGGCAUACCUUUCAUCACCAUCCUGGUGGUGUGGGCUGCCUGUGCUGGACUCGUCUUCAUGAACUGCUUCUUCAACUGGCCGCUGGAACCGUUCCCAGGACCCGACGACAUGGACUACACUGUGAAGAUCAAGUUCAGCUGGCUGGGCUUUGACCAUAAAAUCACAGGAAAGCAGUUUUACCGCCAAGUGACCGCAGUGGGCAGUCGCCUCAGCGUGGGCAACAGCCUGAAGCAUAAGGAGCUGGCUACCAAGGACGGACACAAGCUCUGCCUGUCCACCAUGGACCUGGACAUGGAGAGCAAGACGCAAAAAGAGACCCCGUCAUUCUUUAAAACUAUCUCCAGCCCCAUUUUCCUGCUCAGUUUGGUCACCAUGUCCAUCACUCAGCUUCGUCUCUUAUUCUACAUGGGAGCGAUGAACAGCGUCCUGGAGGCCCUCACUGAUCGAGACUUCAACACAGUGAGUCUGUACUCUUCCAUCUUCGGCGUGCUGCAGCUCCUCUGCCUGAUGACCACGCCUGUUAUCGGUCAGAUCAUGGACUGGAAGCUAAAGGACUGUGAUGACGGAGAGGACGAGAAAGAGCCCUGCAGCAAGGGCGAGCCAAAGAAAACGCGCAGAGACAAAAAGACCCAGAAGGUGACCAAUGCCCUGCGAGCCUUCCUCCUCACAAACAUCCUUUUGGUUGGAUUUGGGAUCACCAGCUUGGUGCCAAAUCUCCCCCUGCAGAUUGUAUCCUUCCUCUUACACACUGUGGUGAGAGGAUUCGUCCACUCUGCUGUUGGCGGCCUCUAUGCUGCUGUGUAUCCAUCCUCCCAGUUCGGCAGUCUCACAGGCAUGCAGUCCUUGGUCAGUGCUGUGUUCGCCCUCCUGCAGCAGCCCCUGUUUCUGGCCAUGAUGGGGCCCCUGCAGGGAGACCCGUUCUGGGUCAACAUUGGACUCCUGGUUCUCAGCAUGCUGGGCUUCCUGUUGCCCCUCUACCUGAUCUGCUACAGACGGACGCUCAACAAACAGCAGCAAGAAAAGUUGGACGACGCUAAGAUCUACAUUAAAAUCAACGGCACCGACAUCCCCGAGGCCUACGUGUAGAGGACUCUGGCUG